GGUUUCUUUGCCUUGGGGUUUCCGUAUAUAACACUUUCAUUCUCCAGAAUUCUUGCAUCACACUCCCGUCCUGUCUUUUUUUUUUCUUGUAGUUUUUUUUAUCGCUACUAUUAUUACUGUUGUUUAGUGCAUCCCAUUCUCUUAUUUUUCUUUCUUUUUGCUUUUACAACCCACCCAACCGAUUUAGUCAAAAAAAAAGUGAUAGUUAUCAUCACAUCUUAACACUAUGGACCCUAAUGUUUCACAGCAGGCUUAUACCUCAAUGAUGAAAUUCACCAUUGAUGGUCGCCCUUUUUUAAAGGAUAUCCAUGAUUUAUUUGCAGCACUCAUUGUGCAGAUUCCGUUAAGCACACACCGGUAUCUUUUUCGCAACUAUAACAACACAUUUUCGUCCGAGGAUGCUAUCCAGGCUCUCGGAUCAUUGCGAUUCUCUCACAGCGUUCGAUCACCGGAUCCAAACAAUCCAUCGCGACUGCUUCGAACCACCACCACCACCACUUUCAACAUGGCACGCGAUAUGGCCAAGGCACUGUGUCAGCAUUUCCAAAACUGCCGGUUAAUGGAAAGCGCUAUUGACCCCCAGAAUCGCUCCUUUCGCGACAAGGGUAUCUGGCAUCUCACCCCCAAGGGUCUCUGUGUGCUGCAAGAUUUUUGCGUACGCACAGAAGUGGACAUGACUUCCAUGCGCAAACAUUUUAGUCACAUUGAACCGAUUCAGCUCGUUCGCUUGGAACGAUCACCGGACGAUGAUCAGUUACUGCUGGGACGGCAAAACGUGUCGCUUGUAUUUCGCGUCAUGAUGUCGUCGCUUCCCAUGGAAGGAGAAUCCGAGAAUGGAAAAGAAACCCCCAACAACGCCAGCAAUAUCACCUCAACAUCUUCUUCCUCUACAACAAGAGCUCCUUCCUCGGCGUCGUCGUCGGCGUCGUCUACAACAUCAUCCACUCCUGGCUCCUCCCCCUUUUCCAUGUCAUCGCAAGUCUCCAGCAACGAUUCACGAGUGCAGCUCCUCGGCAAUUAUCUGCUGACGUUAUCCAAGGCCCAUCGUCAAAAUGUAAUGAAGACCAUCAAGAAUAUGCGCACCGUGUUCUCCACUCAAGUGUGUUGCGACUGGCUCCUCGAUUACACGUCAGUGUCGUCGCGCGAAGAAUCGGAAAUUUUAGCCAACGAAUUCCUGAAAUGCGGAUGGAUCGAGUACCAGGACUCAAAACAGGCAAAUAAUCCGUUACGGGCAUCCAAAUCGGUUAUUCUUGUGGUGACCGAGAAAGGCAAGCAAAUGAUGGCGGAAGUGGAUAAAUCGUGUGAAGCGGCCGCAGCCGCUCGUGCUGCCGCCGUUCAGAUGAACGAUCGAGCACGCAGUGUACGAUCACGCACAACCACCGACGAUGACAAUAAGCCUACCACUUUACGGGAGAUCUUAUCCCAAGAUCCUGAAGCCAUGGUCAUCACUUCAUCCACCACCACGUCUUCGGACGAAGAAUGCGUGGAACCGUCCACGCCGCCACAGCCUCGUCCGGGAGGUUUGAAGAAUCAGUCAAGGCCACCGAGUGCGGCUAUGGAUCAAUCGGCGCCAGCCAUGGAUCCCAAGGAGAGUAACUUUGCCCGCUUAAAGGUGAUCUUGGACGAUCCUCAGCUUCGAUCACUAUUCAAGGACUUUUUACGCGCCAAUUUCUGUGAAGAGAACCUGGACUUUUGGAUCGAUUACACAACGCUGCGCCGCAAAUGCCGCAAUCAGAGUCCCGCUUUGCCGUCUCAAAAUCAAAAAGACCUGCUGGAAGAUGCCUACGAUAUCUGGUCGACGUACCUCAAACCGGGCGCUUCCUGUGAAUUGAACGUAGAACAUUCACUGCGGCAAGAGAUGGCUCGACUGGUGAAUUCUAUGGUGAGCGUGAUACCGACGUAUACUCCCGGGCAGAUCAAGCCUACCGUUGUUAUUUCCACUCCUUCGGCAUCGCAGAGUCUGCGGAUGAUGUUAAAAUGGUUUGACCGUGUGGAUGAUCAUAUCAGUCGUUUGAUGGCUUCGGACUCUGUACCAAAAUUCGUCAAGACAAAAGAGUAUCGAAAGUUACAGGAAGCCCGUGAAAAAGAACAGGCUGCAACAGAGAAGGAAGGUAUCCUUUACAUUCCUUCCGGAGAAUCAGAUGUGAGCAUCUCAGCAUAAUCGCAAAGAUCCCCUCUUUUUUUUUUUUUUUUUU